AUGGAAAAGCCUGCAUCUACCACCUACCACGAGGAAAUCAUUGGAGAAAACAACAAGACUGCUCAAGCAGUCACUGCUGACAAUAUCAAUGAGCACCAGCUUACUUUGGGACAAGUCUUCAAGAAGCACCCCGCCCUUGUUGGAUGGUCCUUUUUCUGGUCGAUGUGUGCUGUCGGAUGGGGGUUUGAUGCUCAAAUCAAUGGAGCCAUGAUUUCCGUUGCCUCCUUUCGAAAAGAUUUCGGAUACGUUCUCGACGGUGAAGCAAUAUUGCCAGCCAGCUGGCAGACUGCCUUCAACAUGAUCAGCUCGGUCGGCAUGCUAUUCGGUGGCUUUGCAUGCAGUACACUUGCGGACAAAUGGGGUCGCCGUAUAGCACUGGUGUGUGGUGUUAUCCUGUGUACUGGAGGUGCCUUUGGAGAGAUGUUUUCCCCAAACAAGGGCGCCUUUCUCGCAUCGAAGCUCAUUCUUGGUGUUGGACUUGGAUUCUAUCUCACCAUUGGACCACUUGUUUGUGGUGAGAUUGCUCCCGUCGUCCUUCGAGGCAUCUCAACGGCCGGAAUCAAUCUCGGAAUAGCUAUCGGACAGCUUCUCUCGAACGCUGUCGUAAAGGCGUUUGGUGAAAGGACUGACCGCUGGGCAUAUGCUGCACCCUUUGCUAUCCAGCUGUUUUUCUGUCUCUUCCUCAUAUGCGGGUUGCCUUUCGCGCCAGAAUCGCCAUGGUACCUAGCCAGAAAAGGAAAAGACACCGAGGCCCUCCGUGCGUUACAGACACUCUGGGGCAAGGAUACCAAUGUGGAGUACAAACUUGCAGCACUUAAAACCACAAUCUCAGAAGAGGAAGACCAGAAAGAGUCUAGGCUCCUCGAUUGCUUCCGAGGCACCAAUUUGCUUCGGAGUUGCAUCUCAACUGGUGUUUUUGCUUGCCAACAUUUCGUUGGCAUCGUUUUCGUACUCGGUUUCUCGACAUACUUCUUCCAACUUGCUGGUUUAGACACCAGUCGAUCUUUUGAUCUCGGUGUUGGCGUUACAGCUUGCGGUGUAGCAGGCAACAUUACCAGCUGGUUCGUGGUCAAUACGUAUGGUCGACGUAAAGUGUUCAUUGGUGGCAUGUCUGCACUCACUACCCUUUUACUGUUGAUUGGAAUCAUGGACGUUAUUCCAACCGGCCCUUCAAAGUGGGUACAGGCUUCUUGUACCGUCAUCUACGCCUUUUUAUACUUUAUGACCAUCGGUGCCAUGGCAUUCGUACUUCUCGGAGAGACGUCGUCGAUGGGACUCCGAGCCCACACUACUGCUCUUGCCACCGCCACUCAAUCAAUUCUUGGAAUUAUUAUGAAUAUCGCCAUUCCAUACAUGGUUAAUCCGGACGAGGGAAAUCUGAAAGGUAAGGUCGGCUUUGUGUUUGGUGGCCUUGCCGCUAUCGCUACUGUUUGUGCAUGGAUCUAUGUCCCAGAACUCAAGGGACGUACAAAUCGUGAGAUUGAUAUGCUUUUUGCAGCUCAUGUUCCCCCAAGGAAGAUGGGCUCGCAUCGUCUUGAUCAGGUGGUUGCGUAA